CGUCCAGCAGCUGAUCAGUAAUCCAGAAGAAGUUUCCCCUCAGUUAGGGGGGAGCUCCACUUUGAAGCAGGAGACUCCACAACCACCCUGCAUUAAAAAGGAAGAGGAGGAACUCUGCAUCACUCAGGAGGGAGAGUGUCUUCUAGGACGAGAGGAAGCUGAUUACACCAAGUUUCCACUGAGUAUUCUCUCUGUGAAGACUGAAGAAGAUGAAGAGAAACCACAAGUAGACGACCUCUUAGCUCCACUAUCAGAUAGUGAGGCUGAAGAUGAGGUUGAAGUAACUUUGAGCAGCGAUACAGACUGUGAAGGUGAUAUGAGGACUCACACUGACAACAAACACUCUGAAUGCUCUACAAAGAAGAGAGGUGAAACAUGUUUGAGCUGCUCAGUGUGUGCUAAAAGUUUUACUAAAAAGAGCCAUUUGACUCGACACAUGAGAACACACAAAGGUGAAAAAACAUGUAUUUGUUCAGUUUGUGGCAAAAGCGUUUCUCAUAAUAGCCAUUUGACUGAACACAUGAGAACACACACAGGUGAAAAACCAUUUAGUUGUUCAGUUUGUGGCAACAGCUUUUCUCAAAAUGGCUCUUUGACUCAACACAUGAAAACACACACAGGAGAAAAAACAUUUAAGUGUUCAGUUUGUGGCAAAAGCUUUUCUCGAAAAAGCAUUUUGACUAAACACAUACGAAUACACACAAGAGAAAAAACAUUUAAUUGUUCAAUUUGUGGCAAACGCUUUUCCCAAAAUAGCCAUUUGACUGAACACAUGAAAACACACACAGGUGAAAAACCAUUUAAUUGUUCAAUUUGUGGCAAACGCUUUUCUCAAAAUAGCCAUUUGACUGAACACAUGAAAACACACACAGGUGAAAAACCAUUUAAGUGUUCAGUUUGUGGCAACAGCUUUUCUCGAAAUAGCCAUUUGGCUGAACACAUGAUAACACACACAGGAGAAAAACAUUUUAAUUGUUCAGUUUGUGGCAUAAGCUUUUCUCAAAAUAGCUAUUUGACUCAACACAUGAGAACACACACAGGAGAAAAACCAUUUAACUGUUCAGUUUGUGGUAAAAGCUUUCCUUAUAACAGCUCUUUGUGUCGACACAUGAGAACACACGCUGGAGGAAAACCAUUUAGUUGUUCAGUGUGCUGUAAAAGGUUCACACAUAAUACAGACGCAGUAAAACACAUAAGAACACACAAAGGAAAAUAACCAAUUAGCUGUUUAGUUUGUGGUAUGUUGCUCAUAUGUGGCGACAUCCACCCUACCCAGGACCUCCUCACUGCUUCUUUCACAAAUAUCUGAGGUAUUCAUACAAACUUGGAUUAUUUGAAGCAUAGUCUUAUCUACUCAUGACCCCAUGUCUUCUCUGUAUCUGAAACCUUCCUGAACAGUAAGAUAGAUGAUGCUUCAAGUGCUUGGUUAAGCUUUCUUCAGUCCAGGGACCUGGGGCCUCAUGUGUCAAGUUUGUGCACGCUCAAAAACCUGCACUACACCCUUUUUCACUGCAAAGUUGAGAUGUAUCAAAACUGACGUUGAUGCAUAAGUUAUGCUGGGUAACAGUUCCCACAAUGGACCACAAUGGAAACAAGCCUUUUGGCUUUUUGUGCCAUCAAUUUUUAAAGCAUUACAUGGAUUCAAUUCUUUAAGAUGUCGAUACACUUUUCAAUCAAUCAAUCAAUCCCAUAAAGUGCCAACUUUUGACCUCAGACUGAUUGAUGUGCAAAUCAAAGACAUGUGAACAAUUAACGCCCACCUCCCUCGACAUUCGGGCAUAACAGGUUCAAUUUGGCCCGUGAGAUGAGUUUGUUAUGACAGAAACUGCUGUUCUAAAUUCGUCCACUGGAUGUCGCAAUUUUAAUUCUGUUAGGCAAGCAAAUAGUUUGUUUCUGGGUGAGUUAGUAUGUCAAGCAAGAG